CUUAUAUCCUGAUCAUGGUGAAUCUUAUAAAUACAGAAAAUUCCGUCGGGUUGUUGUCAAUUCACUUCCAUUUUGCCGUAAUUUCUUUCUCAUUAGCGAACGAUCUCGUGUCGAAUUUUGAGCAGAGAAGAAAAAAAUUAAGACCAACGCCAUAAUGAAGAUGAAUACAGUCUUUUACUUAACCUUGAUAGCCCUGAUGUUCGGUCUGGGGACAUGUGCCGUGGUGAAUAUGGAGCCGAAGAUGAAUAAAGGUGAUAGCACUUAUGAAAGAGCUCUUGUAGAGAAACUGAUGGAAAAGAUUCAGUUUGAUCGAAUGCUCGAGAAUAAUGAUAUCGAACCUCAGAAUGAAAUACUGGUCACUGAACUUGCUGAAAAUCGUGAGUUGGAAGAUCUUAAAGUUAUGAAAUGUUCUUGGAAUCAGAAUAUAGGGGAAUGCUGUGUUGUGCUGUUUAGACCCCCUCGAUUAUGUAUUCGAAUGAAACUUUUAAACAAAGAAUUGCAGUUGACAUUAAGAAUCGGUUCUAAAGUGAUGCUGAGGCAAACUUUCGGUCUAACUCUUAAAAAAACAUUCUAUUUCAAUUAUGGAAUUGCUUCAGUCGCAAUAACAAUAGAUAUCGAAACUUUAAGCCUCCAUGGCUUUAAAGCUUGCUUCCGUAUAAAAUAUACAGUUCUAGUUUUUCAUGCCUUACUUGACCUCGGUUGUAUCAAUCAUCAUUUUGGUGACGACGACAUUAGCCUUCUGAACAGUUAUGCAGAUUGGAAUAUAAAUGAUAAAGUUUCUUUUGAGACACCAGUGUUUGAAGCUGACAAGCCUAAGAGACUGGAAUACCUUGGCAAUAUAAACGGAAACGAAAAUUCUCUGAUUUGGCCCAAAGACGCCGAGAAGCAGUGAGCGAAUUGAAAUAUAGUAGUUUCGUUCGUUUGUAUAAGGCUCUAUACCAAUAACAAAAUAAUAGUAAAUUCCAUAUAUAAAUA